AACAAUUAGUAAAUGAAAAUGUCUAUUCGUUUGGGUGAAUAUGUUUCAACAAUUAACAAACCAUUGUCAACGAUUGUUUCACAAUUAGUUUUAAUGAUCUUAACUAUUUUGACCAUCACAAGUAAACAAGUCACCGUUCAUGGUCAAUUUAAUGAAUCACAAUCAACAAUUAAUAAUAAUGAAACAUUGCUAAUUAAUAAUAAUAUUGAAGUAACGACAUCAAAAUCAUUAACCAUUGGUUCAUCACCAACAAUUAACGUUAACAGUUCUGGUUUAGAUGAUCAACAAUUAACAACAUCACAAUUGGACUCACAUUAUUAUCAUGUUACUACACCGGAUGAACUAUUAGAUGAUGUUAACACCCAACAAUCAACUUUAAUUGCUGUGCCACCAGUUAUCCGAAGUGAUUACAAUCAACAACAACAACAACAACAAUCAACCAAUCUGAAUAACUCGUACACGCGAAAUCAAACAAUUUAUAAAUCACCGAUAACAAUGCCUAAUGUUACAACCAAUUCAUCGUUAAUUCAUCAAAAUAAUUCACUAAUUACAACUAAUCAAUCAAUGAUUAUGAUUUGUGAUCCAAACAGAUACACAUUUGACCAUCAACAAGUUGCUAAAUUUUUCUUGACCACAAUGAUCCUGUUGGGAUUUUGCUGUUUGUUAAUUGUUAUCCUUUUGGUCCUGGUCAUUUAUAUUUACCGGAAAUUAUCAAAAGGACGAAAUGUCAAGGUUUCUUCAAGAGAAAAUAAUAACGGAGCAAAUAUUGAAAUUGAUACAAUUAAAGAUGGACGAUUUUAUCCAAUUCAGGAUAAUCCCGCUUUCGAUGAAGAUGAAUUUGUUGGUUCUCGAACUGAUUUCAGAUUCUUCGAAGUCUCUAGUUUACCUUAUAAUCGUAAUCAAACUAAUCAUCAUCAAGGUAACAAAUCAACAACUGAAACUUUUGGUUAUCGUCAUUAAUGUAAAUACACUAAUUGUCAUUGGAAUACACAGAUUGUCAAUCUAAUUAAGUUAAUUUAUGGUUAUUAUUAUAUCCAAGCAACUGAGUAGAUCUCAUUGUUUUCAAUAGCUUUUUAAUGUGAAUUUAAUUGUCAAAACAAAUUGUAAUUAUCUAUUGUAAUCACUUUAAUAAUAUAAUCAUUUUGUUUUUCUCA